AUGAUAACUUGCACGGCGUCCCGGACAAGACACCUUAAGGCCGCAGCCAGCUCCUGCCUCCACAGACAACGAUGGAAAUCAUAUGACGCAGCGUCUCUGACGCGGGAAGCCCUCACGCAGAAGAUUGAGGCAGGCUUGGGCGAGGGCGUCGACGGCAAACCGCUGCGCAUCGACGCCGACUCCAAAACAAUCGCCACAGCCUCGGGCAGCUUGCCCCUAUCUCCCGUCCUGGACCCGGUGUGGAUCAAGGCAAAGCGGCAGCCCAAAAAGGCGCCCUCGCAAAAACCGGGGGGCAGAUUCAGGAAGAAGCUGGCCAACAACCCCUACGCCAGGGCGCUUGAAACCCCGAUACGCAAAUGCGCCAACGCGGCCGUUUCCCUACCCAGGUACUUUUUGCAGGACUUUGAGGUGGUCAAGCACCCGGCCACAGAAGAGCCUUGGUGGGUACCCGGGCAGAUGGCCAUCAAGUUUGUCCAGCAGAGGGCGCCCUUGAUGGGUGACCGUAAAGAUGCCGACACGGAGGGUCCCAUUCCCGAAUCCGUCCCCGAGUUCGACCCCGGCGAAAUCGACUCCUCCGACAGCAGUCUGGAGCAGCAGUCGAAGCUAGCGCGCUCUGCCAAAGAGCCUGUUGCCAAGCGAGGCUGGUACAAGCAGUUCGACAAACGGCCCGAGCCAGGACCCAUCACGAGCUAUGUGUUGUGCCGCAAGUCGGUCAUCGAUCUCAUCGGCGGGCCCAACAAGAAAUACGCGGCCAUGCUGCAGCGCAAUGGCAUGGCAAUCACCCCAGAAACGCGCAACACCGUGUGGCGUGAGGAUAUGGGGGACGUUAUGCUGGACAUGUUUCGGCGCUAUGCCGUCGACGCCCUCAUCUCGUGGAGCCAUCGACAAGGAAAUCAUAAGCACCGGUACAUCCAGCCCUGUGCGAGCUGGGACGACGUCGGGAGCGUCGUGCAGAGAGGAUGUGUGCUGUGGCUGCCGUCAAAGCCCGAGAGCGCAACCUGCCAGUAUGUCACGUUUGACGUUGAGGGAGCCAAGUAUGGGAACAAGAUAGCGGUCCACAACCUGUUUUGGCUGUUUGGGGGUGAAGAGGUGGAGCGGUUGAGGCGCGAGGCUCCCAUAUUCCGCGACAACGAGGUGUUGGUCCUGACGCAGUGGGACAACAUAGGGAUCAUGAGGCUGCAUCUGCUCCUGUGGCGCCUUCAGGGGAUUGCGGUCAAGACGGUGCGAUUGCGACAGGCCUCGAACCCGAAGAAAAAGUCGACAGCUGGACAUAUUGAUCUCGACGGAGACUUGCUCAAGCCGUGA